ACAGCUAAAUAUACAUAUAUAUAUAUAUAUAGAGGCAAAUAUAUUUUGAAGAUACAGACGACAAAGUUCUCCGGAUGCAAUUCAGGUUUCAACAGAAUUAGGAAGCCAAGAUAAACGUCAGCACCUCAGAAAGCAUGAAGCAGCCCAUAAUGCAGUGUAUCCAGUGUUUCCUGAGAGCUCUGUGCCGUAAGAAGCCUUUGGAGCUGGAUGGAGAACCCUCCACCUUUCUCCGCUGUCUCACCACGUUAGAUCUGGUGGCUUUGGGAGUGGGCAGCACUUUGGGGGCCGGUGUGUAUGUGCUGUCUGGACAAGUGGCCCGGACGCUCGCUGGACCCAGUAUUAUCCUGUCCUUCUUCAUCGCUGCUGUAGCUUCUAUCUUCGCUGGACUCUGCUACUCUGAGUUUGGCGCCAGGGUUCCUAAGACUGGAUCUGCAUACCUGUACAGCUACGUGACUGUAGGAGAGCUGCUGGCCUUCAUCACUGGCUGGAAUUUACUGCUGUCAUACGUCAUCGGCUCCUCCAGUGUAGCGAGGGCCUGGAGCAGCACGUUCGAUGAUCUGAUUGGGAAUGUGAUGAGUGUUUAUUUCAGCACACACUCCCCCAUGGCUCUCCCUGGACUGGCAGCAUACCCAGACGUCUUUGCAGCCGCUCUCAUAAUGAUUCUCUCCGGUCUUCUGGCGUAUGGCGUGAAAGAAUCAGCCAUAGUCAACAAGAUAUUUACAGUUAUUAACAUACUUGUGUUGAUAUUUGUCAUCAUCUCUGGCUUCAUCAAGGGAGACCUGAAGAAUUGGUCCAUCAAUGUAGAGAGAAUCCUGAACACAACAGCAGACAAACAAAAUCUGACCAUGAACAUCACCGUUGAGUAUGGAGCAGGUGGAUUUUUCCCAUUUGGAUUUGAAGGAACUCUGGCAGGAGCAGCAACCUGUUUCUAUGCGUUUGUUGGCUUUGACUGCAUUGCAACUACAGGUGAAGAGGUGAAGAACCCUCAGAAAUCUAUACCUGUGGGUAUCGUGUUGUCUCUGCUCAUCUGUUUUCUGGCGUAUUUCGGCGUUUCGGCUGCUCUUACGCUGAUGAUGCCGUAUUACAGUCUCAGUGUUUACAGUCCUCUGCCCGUGGCCUUCGCAGACGUCGGCUGGGCUCCUGCUAAAUAUGUGGUGGCGGUUGGGUCUCUGUGUGCCCUGUCAACAAGUCUGCUGGGGUCUGUGUUCCCGAUGCCACGCGUGCUGUUCGCCAUGGCCAGAGAUGGACUGAUGUUCAAAGUGAUGAGUAAAGUCAGUUCACGGCAGAGUCCAGCGGUGGCCACGCUCACCUCCGGCACUGUGGCGGCAAUAAUGGCUCUGUUAUUUGACCUGAAAGCGCUGGUUGAUAUGAUGUCCAUUGGAACGCUCUUCUCAUACACACUCGUGGCCAUUUGUAUUCUCAUAUUAAGGUAUAGAGAGAUGAAUACUGAGGAAAGUGAUUUACACACUUCAACAAACUCAAGAUUUGCGUUUCUGAAACCUCCUUCAUACCCUAAUAAGAAAACUUCAAAUACGGUUACCAUCUGUACAGUUAUUAUUGUUGUGUUGGUGGUAUUCCUGUCACUGGUGAUAAGUAAAGCUGUUGGAUCUUUUUUGGAUAUCUGGAGUGUUGUGACUAUAUCUGUGAUCUUGGUCAUAAUAACACUUGUGAUCUUCGUUAUAUGGAGGCAACCCCAAAACCCGAGCAAAGCAUCUUUUAUGGUGCCGUUCCUGCCUCUGCUGCCAGUGCUGAGUGUGUUCAUCAAUGUUUACUUGAUGGUUCAGCUGGGAGGAGAAACAUGGCUUCGAUACGCCGUCUGGAUGGCUGGAGGACUGUUGAUCUACUUUGGAUAUGGAGUGAGAAACAGUAUGCAGAGGAAAACGUUACUGAGCAGUCAAAUCACCAUCCACACCAUCGACACCAAAUCUGAUAAAGACUCCUCAAAAUAACUCUGGAAACACGCCUGUACAGAUUAUCUAUCAUCAGCUGUUGUUGUAUUUGCAGUGAAAUAUUCAGUGUUUUUUUAUAUACUUUAUUUUUGUAUAGUUUUUAUCUGAAAUUUCACUAUGGUAUAUAUCAUUAUUAUUAUUAUUACAUGAUACCUUUGGGCUCAAUAACAGUUUUUAAUGCUUUUAAAGAAGUCUCUUAUGCUGAACAGCGCUGCGUUAUUGGUAAAACAGUAAUAAUACUGUGAAUAUCUACAGUUGAAGACACAAUUAUUAGCCCUCCUGUGAGUUCUUUUAAACAUUUUUGCUGUUUAAUGGAGGGAAUAUAAUAGUUUAAUAACCGAUAACUGAUCUGUGCCAUGAUGACAGCACAUAAUAUUAGACUAGAUAUUUUUCAAGAUGCUAGUAUUCAGCUUAAACUGACAUUUAUAGGCUUAACUAGCUUAAUUAACUAGGGAAGUCAUUGGACGGCAGUGAAAAAAAAUAUUGAACUUAAAAUUAGCAUUAAAUAAUAACAAAAACUAGCUGAAAUAAAACAAAUAAGGCUUUAUCAAGAAGAAAAAAUAUUGGAGGAAUUGUUGUGAAAAUGCUCUGUGUAACAUCAGUUGGGGAAUUGUUAGGUGUUGUGUUGUUCCCUCUUUCCCUAUCUGUUUUUAUUUGCUGUAUGUUGUCCUUCUAAAAUGUAGAUGUUCUGAUUGGCUCGCUGAGUUUUCACAAGUGAACCAAUGAGGAAAGGAUUGGGGAUCAUUAAGCGAUCUGGUGAUGAAUCGCACCUGACUGCGGGAAUCUCUCAUCUCUUAUCACUGCUCUUUGUCUUUCUGUGUGAAACUUGUGUAUGACUUGUUUUGUGGUUUGCUUCAUUGUUUUGAGUUGUACAUCUGUCCUGAACGCCCAAACUAAACUGCUUAAAUCUACUAAAAGUAAAGCACAUCACUUGACUUACAGCUAACAUACACAUAGCUGAUUCUCUGAUAAAACAUUAGGUAAAAAACAGGAGGGCAAAUAAUUUUCAAUAAAUAUUAGUCAACAUUUGAAGUGGAUCAAAACUUUUCAGUAAAGUUGUCUCCUAAAACUACUAAACAUCCCGCAUUCUUUGAGAUUUCUUUCAAGAAACAUGUUGAUUGUCUGAAUAUUGUGGAUAUUGUGCACAUUUUAAACUAUCAGGAUAAGUUUUCUAA